AUGCGCUCGUCGUCGUCAUUGUCUGUCUUGCGCGCCUUUGCCAGAAGCACUGCGCCGCGGCACAUUCCAACCCCGACAAGCCGCCUCCUUCACACGCCGCGAAGGUGCGCCUGCGCUGUCGUACGCCCUUCAAUUGCUACAGCACGAGCCCGCAUUACCUCUUUCGCCCGGUUCGAGUCAAGCGCCGCCUCCCCAACAUCGCCCAAUGCUCCCGACUCGCGAUUAGAACGCGAUCAAGUCCCGUCCUACGAGCUCACCUUUACCUGCAAUGUCUGCAAGACACGCUCGUCGCACCGCCUAUCCAAACAGGGCUACCACCAUGGUACCGUGCUGAUCCAAUGUCCGGACUGCAAGAAUAGGCAUCUGAUUAGCGAUCAUCUCAAAGUCUUUUCCGACAAGUCCGUCACGAUCGAAGACCUGAUGCGGGAAAAGGGCAACCUCGUCAAGAAGGGCUCUUUGAGCGCCGAAGGCGAUGUCGAGUUCUGGGACGACGGAAGCACGACACCCCGGUCAGCACAGUUUCACGUUGAAUCCACGCCCAAAGGUGACAACCGCCUCGCCGAACAACCAACACCAUCGAAGCCGUCUCAAGACUAA